UUUGUUUAUCUCACCAUGAUUCAUAUUGAAUGUAACUUUUGUGGGUUGAGAAGAACAUCACAAGAACACUGUUUGCACAGAAAGAUGACGGAAACCACCACCAAGGUGCCAAAGAUUCUCUCUUCAGCCACCGAUGAAUCCCCUCCGUUACCGGUGUUACCGGAUGAACUCAUCCAAGAGAUCCUCCUUAGGGUUCCGGUGAAAUUCCUUUUGCAAUUCAGGUGCGUUUCCAAAUCAUGGAAAACCCUAAUUUCCAAUCCCCAAUUCGUGAAGGAACACCUCGAUGGAACCUCGAGCGACUUGACCCACCAACGAUUGCUCUCUCCCAUGGUGACUGACCCCUUCAAAAUGACAUCUUGCUGUGUGGAAUCUCUGUUCCAAGACCCAUCAACCCCUGCUGAAUCCACCUGCUUCAUGAUGAGUGACGAGUUCAGCAUUCUAGGUACAUGCCAUGGCUUACUCUGUUUGUUCAACAUUCGCCUACGCAGCAUCCAAUUGUGGAACCCCGCCAUUAGAAUUGCUUCUAAAUCGUUUUUAACCCGUCUUAGUAAUCCUCGUGAGUAUGUUACUCACCGUGGUUUUGGCUAUGACCACGUCAAUCACAAGUACAAGUUGUUCCUAACUUUGAACGACCAAAAAACCGUCACCAAAGUAUACACCUUUGGGGCAAAUUCAAAUUCCAAGUCUUGGAAGGUGAUUCAGAAUUUUCCGUGUUGUCCCACCAAGUCACAGGGGCAUUUUGUGACUGGCACUGGCACCCUUAAUUGGUUUGCUAAGGCUAAGAAUGAUGAAAGAAGUGUGAUUGUUUCCUUUGAUUUGGUGACUGAGAGUUAUGGUGAAGUGUUGCUUCCUGCUGGGGAGAGUGACAUUGUUUGCAUUCCUGAGCUGGUUAUCCUCAGAAACUGUCUCUGUGUUUCUUUCUUUGACUCUAAGAAUUGGGUUUUGUGGCAGAUGAAGGAGUAUGGAGUUCAAGAUUCUUGGACUAAAUUGAUGACGGUCCCUCACUUUGUUCAAGGUGUUUGCACUUGGGAUAAAUUGACCAUGUCUCCUCACUAUGAGCAUGAUCCAUUGAGAUGGUUUCACUCCAUUAUCCCCUUGUGCAUUUCAGAAGAUGGUGUGAUUCUGAUUAAAACUGCAUUUUCCAAGUUAGUUUUGUAUGACCCAAAUGUUGGUAGGUGGGAUUUUCCUGUGAUUAGGGGCCACCAUUGGCACAAUAUACAAACUUAUCAUGAAAGUUUGGUUUCACCUUUAGGUUAAAAUCUCAUUUUUGUUGCUUAUUCUUUUUUUUUUUUGGUAAGGCCAAAGUUUAGAUUGGGAAAACACAACUUCAUGUAAAGCGAUAGUCAACAUCACUAAUUUCUUUUUGAAGAUUUCAGUGAGAUUACUCAUUGGCUACUCUACUAGAGUGAAUGCACUUAAUCCACUGUGCCACAUUUGUAGGACUCUUGAUUAUUCAAGACCUUGGAAAUAGCCUUUUAUAUAUAUAAUUAUUAUUGACA